CCGAACCGCUAGAUAUCUAGAUGUCUUCCUCCCACCCGCGCCAAUCGAGCGUCGACCUCGAUUCCCCCGGGCGUCCCUUUGACAACAUCAUCAAUUUCCGCGAUGUCGGCCGCACCAUCAACCAGUUAGUUGGGAAGAGGGUGCUGAAAGAGGGCAUUCUCUUCCGGAGUGCAAGGCUAGACGAUGCCUCGGAGCGCGACAAGCGCCGUCUCACGGAUGAACUGCAUAUUGCGACGAUCAUUGAUCUCCGAUCUAGUACCGAACACCAAAUGGCUACCACCAAACGUCUCUCUGAACUUGCAGCUGCAUCAUCACCAUCGUCACCAUCAUCGUCAACGACCCUCCCUCCCACCACAAACGACAUCCACCUCAUCGACCUCCCCCACGUCCAUCGCUUCCCCGUCAGUCUAACCGGAAAGGCCUUUGAAAGGACUCUUCUCUGGCGUCUGGAUUGGUGGAAUUUCUUCAAAGUCCUUGCCCUCGCCGCCUCAGGCUACCGUUCCGACGCCGUCCUCAUUGUCGGCCAACAAGUCAUGUCCCCCCGGGGUCUCAUCGGCUUGGGCAUCGACACCCUAGACAGCAGUUUCGGGGAAAUGAAAACCAUCUUCGACCUGUUCUCCACACCCACCACCCACAACCUCGACGACCAGGAUCCUUCUUCUGAUGAUGAUAACAUAUCCACCCCUUACCCCAUCAUCAUCCACUGCACGCAAGGUAAAGACCGCACGGGCCUGAUCAUCCUCCUCCUUUUGCUACUCGUGGCAGAUGUCGUGUCUAUCGAAGCCAUGACGUCAGAUUACGUUCGGUCCGAGGGUGAACUGGUUAUUGAAAUGGAGGAGCGCAUGAAGGAGGUUAGGCUGUUGGGGCUGUCGGAGGAGUAUACCAAGUGUCCGGAUGGGUUUACGGGGAGGAUUUGUGAGCAUCUCGAUAGGAGGUAUGGUGGCGUCGAGGGGUAUUUGGGUCUCAUUGGGAUUGGGAAGGAGAAGGUGGAGAGGAUACGGAGGGUGUUGUUGGCUUGAGUUGAGUUAUGACAGGGUUGGGAAGGGAAGGGGAAGGGGGAUGCUUGUACAGGUAGAUUGUGGGG